AUGUGCUUAGAUGAAGAUGCUACAUUUUUCAUUAAGAAUAACACGCAAAAACAGGAAGAAAUGAGAAGGUGUGGGAGAUCUAGGGACGACGUCGACAAGGCUUGGGCAGGAAACAGAAGGCCGGCCAGUUUCAAUAACACAGCGAGUGAUUCUGCUCUGUGUGCACCCAAAAGAGCACGCCAAAUAUAUCUAUCUAGAGCCGUGGCGUUCGUAAGAAAGUCCAGCAGACUUGUGCAAUUCAUUUUGCCAACAUGGGCUGAGAAAUUGUCAUGGUUUCCGCAGCAAAAAGUGAAGUUAGCACAGCUGCCGACCCCCAUACACCAGUGGAACAUUCCUGGCAUACCAUCUACAUUUUCUCUCCACAUCAAGAGAGAUGACCUGACAGGCAGUACUCUGUCUGGUAACAAGGUGCGGAAGUUAGAAUUUCUCCUUGCAGAUGCCUUGAUCAAUAAUUGCAAGCAUGUGAUCACUUGUGGUGGGAUUCAAUCCAAUCAUGUCAGAGCAACAGCCGUGGCUGCAGCUCAGCUUGGAAUGCAGAGCCAUCUGUUGCUAAGAGGAGAUGUCAAACAUGAAGAGGACAUAGGGUUUGAUGGCAACGUGUUGUUGAAUAGACUUUGUGGGGCAGAAAUGUAUAUUGUACCAAGGAAGUCUCCUUACCUUACUCAUCUCAAACCAAAGAUGGAGAAAAUUGCCAAUCAAAUAAAAGACGAGAGAGGAGAAAAUUCAUAUCUCAUACCAGUAGGAGGAUCUAAUGUUGUUGGACUGUUUGGGUACAUAACGGCUUUCCAGGAAAUGAUUUCCCAGGGUAUCCAGAGAGAUUUUGAUGACAUUGUCUUUGCCUGUGGCAGUGGAGGCACAGCUGCAGGCCUGGCAUUGACCAACUACCUCACUGGCUCCAGGCUGAGGAUUCAUGCAGUUAUAGUCAGUGAUGACCCAAAGUACUUCCAUGACCACAUUAAUGAGACCCUAGAGGCUACUGGUAUUACAGAUACCAAAUCCUGUGACAUUGUUGACAUUAUAGAUGGCUACAAGGGGAAGGGAUAUGGUUUAUCUACAGAAGAGGAGCUAGAGUUCAUACUGGACGUGAGCACCUCUACUGGGAUCAUGCUGGACCCUGUAUACACUGGGAAGGCAGUGAGAGGACUGGUCAGGGAGUUGACCACUCAGCCAGGCAGGUUCAAGGGAACAAGGAUCCUGUUUCUUCAUACUGGAGGCGUCUUUGGCUUAUUUGAUGGACGAAUGGCUGGUACUUUGAAGGUUGAUAAAAGAACAAGUAAAAUCAAGCUGUGGAGAUCCUGACGGAGGUCUAGAGAAGAUGCCAUAUUGGUAUUGAAACGAGAAGUUUGGCAGUUGGACAAGUAGGAAAAAUUAUCAUUCCAGGCAUUAUUUGCAUUCUUAUGGUGUUAUAGAUAUAUACAGGCAAAAGAUUUGUCUGAUUUUUACCAGAAUUGUAUUUCAAAAUUCAGUGCAUGGUUUAUGUUUCUGAUUGCAAAGAAAUGGUACAAACAGUGAAGCCAUUUUUAUGGCUAUAUGUCCAAAAAAAAUGUUAUAUUGAUCAUGUUAGCAGGUAUCUGUCAUAGACAUUGUCUACUUCUGGAAGUUAUGUAUUUAUGCUUCAAAAAAGGUAAAAAUCCUUGUAUCCUAUUGCUUAAGAUUGAAUUAAGUUUGAGAUAUAAUUUUGUUUAAUACUUCUGAUUUAGCUAAAACAAAAUGUAUGCCUACUUCGUUGCAUGUUAAUGCAACGUCAGCCUUGCCAUCCCAUCUUACAGUGCCUAAAAGAAAAGGGAGUAUCACAAAUACGAGAGAAAACUGAUCAGUUUUUCUGCAGUUUUCUUUUUUUCUUAUUUCAAAAGUACAUUGUCUAAAAGAAAUGGGAAUAUCACAAAUAGGAGAG